CAUCCAACAUCUACAUGGGCUUCUCCUGGUUAGGCCGUAUUAGGCUACCAAAAGUGCAAAAAUGGAAGCUAUAGAUGGAACGAGACAAAAACCAAAUCGAGAUAAAGAUCUUAUUUUUUCCACAGAAGCUAUGACACAUGCCAAAAUCAUAUUGGACCCAUCAAGCCUGCGCAAUUAAUACCAAAAGCGAGUAUUUGACUUUGAUUACCACUAAUCACUCAAUCUACACCGAACCGUCCCCUUAUAAAUAGUGCUCGUAGCUUGUGUUCAUCCAUAAUCCAUCAGUCUCUACUCGGAACUUUACAAAGCCUUUCUACUUCUUGGGGUUCCUUCUGUUUUUUAACAUUUUUUCUAAAAAAUUAACAAGGAAAGAGUAAAAUGGCGACUUCGCGCAUAGCAAGGUUCAUUACAGAGGUCGCACCACCACAAUAUGUUACUGUGAUGAGGAGCAGGGCCUCUAAGGUGUUAGAUACAAUCAAUGAGGAGGACAGAGAUGUUGGUACUUACGGAAAUGAUAGCCUGGCUUCAUCUCCUAAAUCACCUUCUUCCCUUUCUCCUUCCUCAUCUGUCAGUGCUAGUACUCCUACUAUUACUUCCAUUGUAGAUGAUGCUGCUGCUGAUGCAAGCCACUCCAGGCACUUCUUCAAAGACGUUCAAACUUCCUUCUUCAUCUUUGCAAGCUAAAAGCCCUGCCCUUGAGUUGCGAAUUCCAACUCAGGAAAUUGAGUAGCCUCCUCCAGACCAGCAUAUAUAUCUAAGAUGCAGCAGUUCUGUUUUUUGUUGUACUUUCUCCUCUCUCUUUUUUUUUUCCAGUUUUUCAGCGAGUCUGUAAAAGGUUUUUGUGCAGGAAACUGAGAGAUGGAAGGAGAGAGUAUGAUGUUAUCUCAUGCAUAUGUACUAAGCCAAUAAUCCUUCAAAAAAAAUAUGUACUAAACCAAUAAAUUGAAAGUUGGCUAUUUAGCAUUGCCAUAUUUCACCAUUAAGUCUGUCUUGUAUAUUAAACAACUGAAAUGAGCACUAUGGAGGAUUGGGUGAUUCUGAA